AGGCCUCGGGAGAAAGAAAGGGGGAGGGGGAGCACCAGAGGGAGACGGAGAACAGGCAGUGAUGGGGAGAGAGAGAGAAAAAAAGACAAACAACUAAAUCUGUCAGUGAUGGGGUAAGAAGGGGAGGAGGGGCAUUAACGGAAGUGAGAGAAGUCAAUGUUCAUGCCAUCAGGUUGGAGGCUGCCCAUGUGUUGUUCCUCCAACCUGAGUGUGGCUUCAUCUUGACAGUAGAGGAGUCCAUGGAUAGACAUAUCAGAAUGGGACUGGGACGUGGAAUUAAAAUGUGUGGCCACUGGGAGAUCCUGCUUUCUCUGUCGGACCGAGCGUAGGUGUUCAGCGAAACGGUGUCCCAGUCUGCGUCGGGUCUCACCAAUAUAGACCGGACACAGUAUACCACACCAGCUGUCCUGACGAAGAGUCUCGGCCCGAAACGUCGACAGUGCUUCUCCCUACAGAUGCUGCCUGGCCUGCUGUGUUCCACCAGCAUUGUGUGUGUGUUGUGUGAUUCCCCGAGUCUGCAGCGCGCGUAGUGGACAAUCGCGGUACUGCAGGGGAUCAGCAACUCACCGAAAGUGAAAGCAUUCUGAAUCAGGAAGUGCCGGAGUUAACAUGGCUUCGAAAGGAGAGACCGACAGUUUGAGCGAGGAGCUAAUUUGUCCUGUCUGUCUGGAUUUCUUCACCGAUCCGGUUAUACUGGAGUGUGGACACAACUUCUGUCGCUCUUGUAUCACACGGUGUUGGGAAAGGGAGGAGAGAAACUCCUGCCCGGAAUGUAGAGAUGAGUUUGCUGACCGCACCCUCAGGGUGAAUCGGGCCUUAGCAAAUCUGGCUGAAAAAGCUCGAAAUCUAAACCUGAAUCCGAAAGGGAAGGAAAGUAAACGUCACUGCGAGGAACAUGAGGAAGAACUGAAGCUGUUUUGCGAAACGGACAAGACACUGAUCUGUAUGAUCUGUGCAGUGGCGGAGGAACACAGAGAGCACCGCUUCAGGCCGAUUAAAGAAGCUGUUAAAAAAUACAUGGAUCAGCUAAAAUCUUCCUUAGACUCUCUCACAAAAAAGAAAUCAGACUUCCAGGAAAAGGAGCAGCAACAGAAAGAGAAGAUUUCCGGAGUUCGGGAACAGUCACACAGACUUCAGUCCCACAUCACAUCCCAGUUUGCUGAACUGCGCCAGAUUAUCACUGAGAAAGAGCAGAACUUACUCAGGGAUCUCAGGGAAGAGGAGAAGAGGAUUCUCAACCCAAUGGAGAAAAAUCUUCUGGCUCUUCAAGAGAAUAUAAGGAUUAUUCAGGAGGAAAUCACAAAGUUAAAGGAACAGAUGGAUCAAAAAGACAGUGUGAUAUUUCUCAAGGAGGAAGCUCGUCGGAACAGGAGGAUUAAUGACGAUAUCCAGGAAUUGUCAGUGACAGAUGAGACCCUACCGGUUGAAAAAUUCGAUCACCCCCAUCUGUUGAAAACAGUGCUGAGGGAAACGCUUGAUGCUAUUAAUCGAGUCUCUGUCACACUGGAUGUGCAAACGGUGCAUCCGGGUCUCGAAGUGUCGGAGGAUCGGAAGAGUCUGAGAUGGACCCGGAACAGGAGGAAUCUCCCUCACACCGGGAAGAGAUUCACAUUCUGGAAAUGUGUGCUGGGAUCGGAGGGAUUCACAUCGGGGAGACAUCACUGGGAGGUGGAGGUGACGGGGAUUCGGGACUGGUGUCUGGGAGUCGCUGCAGAGUCUGUGGAAAGGAAGAGACCGGUCAGUCUGAGUCCGGAGACCGGAUUCUGGGUCAUCGGGCGGUAUUGUGAUGUGUUACAUCGGGAUUAUGACGUGUCCUGUGGUCUCCCCUCCCCCAAGUCCCAUCUCGCUGCCGGUCCCAUCCCCGGGAGGGUGGCAGUUUAUCUCAUUUACGAGUCCGGGACAGUUUCAUUUUACAACGCGGAGACCAAGUCCCAUCUCCACACCUUCACUGGGAAUAAAUUCACGGGGAAACUUUAUCCUUUCUUUGCGACCUGGGAUGAAAACCAAUGGCUGAGAAUCUGCUCCGGUUCCGCUCCGGACCUGUAAACGGGUCGGGUCCCGGGACCGGCGUCAGGAGUAAAGUCCCUGUAAAUAUAAAUGUGCGGAGAGUGCAGCUAAAUACGUGGCUAAGGGGAUGGUGCAGGAGGGAGGGCUUCAUGUUUCUGUGCAAUUGGGCUUUGUUCCCGGGAAGGUGGGGCCUGUUCCGACGGGACGGUUUGCCCCUAAACU